CUACUUGAAUUGUGUAACUUUUGUGGAAGCAGCAAAAUGUUAAAUUCAAUAAAUGUUUGUAUUUUGAUAAUAAUUGGAAGUGUCUUCGGGCUUUCGUCAAAUUUCACCUAUAACAACCGCUUUUUCCCUUCAAACUUUAAACUUGGAGCAGCAACAGCCUCUUAUCAAAUCGAAGGUGGAUGGAAUGAGGAUAGAAAAGGGGAAAACCUCUGGGACUGGUACACUCACACCUAUCCAGAAAAAAAUUAAAAAAACUACUCGGCAGAUGUAGCUUGCGACAGCUACCACAAAUGGCAGGACGAUGUAGCCUUGCUUCGGGAACUCGGUGUCAGUCAUUAUCGAAUGUCCAUAUCCUGGAGCAGAAUAUUACCCAAUGCUACUGCUAAUAAUGUCAACGCCAAAGGGAUUGAGUAUUACCUUAAAAUAUUCAAGGCAUUGAAAGAAAACAAUAUCGAACCGAUGGUAACGUUAUACCAUUGGGACCUGCCAUUGACCCUUCACGAAAUCGGCGGCUGGUACAACCCACUAUUAGCUGACUAUUUUGCCGAAUAUUCAAGAAUAUGUUUUCAAUAUUUUGGCGAAUAUGUGAAAACGUGGAUAACUAUUAACGAGCCACAAUCUACUUGCUUGGGAGGGUAUGCUGAAGGUAGUAAGGCACCAGGUUAUCACCAUAUGGGUGAAGGUCUUUAUCAAUGUGCCUUUGUUCAUUUGUUAGCACAUGCUAAAGCCUACCACAUUUAUGAUGCGGAAUUUAGACCAAAACAACAAGGACGAGUUUCCAUUGUUAUUGAUUCCGGUUGGGCAGAGCCAGCUUCCGAUAAUGAAAGUGAUAUUUUAGCUGCUCAAACAGAAAGAGAAUUUGUGUUGGGUAUCUACGCUAAUCCAAUAUACCUUGGGAACUGGCCUCAAGUGGUCAUAAAUAACGUAGCACAAAGAAGUACCCUGGAAGGCUUUCCCAAAUCAAGACUACCAGAACUUACCCAACAGGAAAUUGAUUUUAUAAAUGGCACUUCAGAUUUCUUUUGCCUCAACACAUAUUCUACUAACUAUAUUACCAUCGGCAAUUCAGUAAAUGAAAGUAUAGGGGAACCAAAUUAUUAUCUUGAUAAAGGUACUACUGCAUACAGCGACCCCGCAUGGCCGUCUGAAGUUCAAUGGGUGCAUAUGGUACCGUGGGGAUUCCGAAAAUUACUAAAAUACGUCUACGAGCAAUUCAGUCAUCCCGAAAUUGUGGUGACUGAAAAUGGUUGGGCUGAUUUGACAGGGCAAUUGAAUGAUAGCAAUAGAACAAGAUAUAUAAGCGAGUACCUUAGUGCCCUUCUAGAUGCCUAUUACAAAGAUGGAGUAAAUGUAACAGGGUACACAGUUUGGAGCCUUUUGGACAAUUUCGAAUGGACCAAUGGCUACACUCAGAAGUUGGGUAUCAUACAGGUAGACUUUGAUAGUGAAAAUCGAACGAGGACACCUAAAGAUUCGUACAAGUGGUAUCAAAACGUAAUCAGGACUAGAUGCCUUGUAGAUGAAUGUAUUGAAUAAAAUAUUGUAGCAAUUUUAAUGUUGGUCUAAAUUAUCUCUUGAGCAUGAAAAUUUUGCAAGUAC